AUGGUAGAUACUUCCGAUCUCCUACCAAAGACUCCAAGGUACUUGAAGGUGCCCUUGAUUAUUUUGAAUGCCAUCCUAUGGGUACUAGGACUGGUAUUGGUUAUUUGUGGUGGCAUUGCCUUGUCACAACUGUCACAUUUGAAUGACAUACUCAAUGUAUCAUUGCCAGCGGGCAUUAUUGUCAUUGGUGUGUUCUUCAUGGUGCUCACCAUUGUUGGUUGCGUCGUUGCCUACAGAGAGAAGCUGGUCGGCCUUGUGUUCUACACAAUCUUCCUGCUGGUUCUCUUGGUGUGUCUGAUCGGUGUCGGUGGUGGCGCCUUCUCCUACCGCAACAAUGCCGCCGAGCCAUUGGGCAUUGCCUGGAACAAGUCGACCGAGGACGAGCGCAAGUUUGCCGAGAACUACUUCAAGUGCUGCUGCUGGAACCAGGAUGUCAACUCCUGUGGCCCCGCCUGCAUGUCCAACUCCACUGGCACCAACGAGAGAAACGCCACCUCUGACUACCCAUACUGCAAGGGUGUCAUUGUCGACUUUGUCAUGAAGAACAUGUACAUUGCUGGUGCUGCCGGUGUCACUGUCGGUGUCAUCGAGUUCAUCUCCAUGCUGUUCGCGCUGUUCUUGAUCGUCAGAAUCUGCCGCAACCCAAGACCAAAGUCAUACGAUUAA